CUCCGGGGACCCCGCGGGUGGAGAGAAUGGUUCCAGCCAGCCAGGGUCCCCUCACACUUGAGGCAGCCCCCCUAUUGUGCGCCCGUGAUUGACAGGACCACGAGGCUGAGCGCGCUCGGGGGAUUUUUUUUUUUUUUUCUCUUUCUAUAAAUGGCUUAAACCCUCGGUCUAGACGACUUACGGGGACUUUCGGGAGACAAUUGCCAUUUUGUUCGUUGCUGGUGAAGCUUGGCUCCUGGGCUGACCCGGAAUUUAAGGAGCUCCUCCCUAAGCUGCUGGAAGAUAUAAAGCCAGACCUGGGACUGGGUGGGAACCUGGGACGGUCACUCUGGCUGGCGCCGGCCCGGGCGUUGGACAGUGCGGGCUUGGCUUUUCUGUCUUGUGUGAUGGACUGCAGUAAUGGAUGCUCGGCGCCCUGUGCCGGAGAAAGAGGCUGCGAAGCGGCUGAGACAUUUAGGGCCAAAGACCUCAUCAUCACACCAGCCACCGUCUUAAAGGAAAAGCCUGCCCCCAGCUCGCUGGUGUUUGGAACCUUGUUUACCGACCACAUGCUGACGGUGGAGUGGUCCUCCGUGUCGGGAUGGGAGAAGCCUCACAUUAGGCCUUUUGAAAACCUGUCCAUACAUCCUGCUGCUUCGGUUCUGCACUACUCUGUGGAGCUGUUCGAAGGCUUGAAGGCUUUCCGGGGAGUCGACAAUAAGAUCCGAUUGUUCCGACCAGACCUCAACAUGAGCAGGAUGUACCGCUCUGCCGUGAGGAGCACUCUGCCAGUGUUUGACAAGGAGGAGCUUCUAGCGUGCAUUCUGCAGCUUCUACAGAUAGACCAAGAGUGGGUCCCCUACUCCACCUCCGCCAGCCUCUACAUCCGCCCCACGUUCAUCGGAACCGAGCCGUCUCUCGGAGUCAAGAAGCCGUCCAAAGCCCUGCUCUUUGUGAUCCUGAGCCCCGUGGGACCUUAUUUUUCCAGCGGAACCUUCACUCCAGUGUCGCUGUGGGCCAAUCCGAAGUACAUCAGAGCCUGGGAAGGUGGAACUGGGGACUACAAGAUGGGCGGCAACUACGGGGCGUCCCUCCUGGCGCAGUGCGAGGCGGUGGAGAACGGCUGCCAUCAGGUCCUGUGGCUGUACGGCAAGGACAACCAGAUAACUGAAGUGGGCACGAUGAACCUUUUCCUCUACUGGAUAAAUGAAGACGGAGAAGAAGAGCUGGCGACGCCUCCGCUAGAUGGCAUCAUUCUCCCGGGAGUGACGAGGCAGAGCAUCCUGGAGCUGGCACAGCAGUGGGGUGAGUUCAAGGUGUGUGAGAGACAACUCACCAUGAAUGACCUGAUUGUUGCCCUGGAGGGGAACAGGGUGAAGGAGAUGUUCGGCUCAGGGACAGCCUGCGUUGUCUGCCCGGUGUCGGACAUUCUGUACAAGGGCCAGAUGCUGCACAUUCCAACCAUGGAGAACGGUCCCAAGCUUGCAGGCCGCAUCUUGGGGAAGCUGGCUGACAUCCAGUAUGGAAGGGUUGAGAGCGACUGGACAGUCGAGUUGUCCUGACGGAGAAGCUCAGGGUGUCGGUGAUGUGCCCCGGAAGACAGACUUCUGCCUGUGACCUAUGACCGACCACCUGUUAGUGAUUUUGCCUAUUGUAGUUGCAUUGUUCACGUGUUAACCAAGUUGAGGUUUCUCCUUGAGCCACAGAAAAUUGCCAAUGUCAAAUGUCACCUGUCAACAUGGUAACUUGCUUACUGUACCUUUCCCCGGAGAGAUAGUGAUGAAGAACGCCUUCCCUAACCCUAUACCAGAUCCACAUGUCUGUUCCAUAGUAGGAGAAGCAAUUCCCCAACUGAUGAGAUGCCUGUAUUCGCUGGAAGGGCCACAGGAAAUGCCCUGGGCAGUGUCCCUGUGGUCAUUAGUAUCCUCAGAGCUUCGCUCUUUGUCACUGUUGCUGGUGAGGUUUCUUUGGGGGGGGGGAUUUGGCUUUCCUGUGUAGCCCUGGCCAGCCUGGCAUUCCCUAACGUCUGCCCAGGCUGGUCUCAGAGGCAAGGCACUCUUUUCUCACUCAGCCUUCUGAAUGCUGGGAUGACAGAAGUGCACUCUCAUACCUUGAUUUAUUUUUGUCUUUGAAUCUAACCUUUGGUCACCUGGAUUUCUUUUCUCCUUGCUCUUGUGGGUCCCCGAGUCCCUGCUAAGGUGAACCUGUCCCUUCUUGGGGUCAUGUUCUGGCCCAGUCUCACCUAGCGCUGUCUGUGAGGCUCAAGCUCGUUGUCUCCCCCCGCCGCUGGCUGCUCACUUCGCUGCUAUGAGUCUAGGGGUCCUGUGCCUUCUAGAUCUUCGUCUUCUCAAAGCCCAGCAUAUAGUAGUGUCCAGUAUUUGUUUACUGUAGGACUUGAAAUAGAAGUGUGUCCCUCCACGCUGAGACCGUUUUGGAGGACUCUCCACCCUUUUGAGACCCUGCCUAUUCUGGCAGUCUUUCUCAUGCCGUCUUUCUUGUCACGGACUCUACAGCAUGGUCAGUUGGAAAAAUGCUCUUGUUGUUAAGAUUAUCUUGGAAUUGAAAUGAUUGUCCUGGGAAGAACUCUUGAUAAAAUACCAACCACAUGAAAAUGGCAGACACCAUGCAUUAAAUGCCAAAUAAAGGGGAGUGAGGGAGAUAAACUCUGGAUUGUGAUCUUAAUCUACACUGUGUACCCUGCUCUUGAGUGAGCAAUGAAUGAGCACCCGGCUAGGUAACAGAAUAACUCCAGACAGUGUUUUUCUCGUCUAGGAGCUGUGAGUGAGAAGCCCUUUCCUUUCCCAGUUUACCCAGGGAAAAGCCCUGUCUUGACAGGAAGCGCCCUUGGACGGCCAACUCUCCGCCACUGCACUUUGUGCUUUGGUUCCUCGGUUGCAGUAGCUUUCAUCUUAACUGAGGAAACGCGUCUCUUCACAGUCCUGUGGGAGAGGGUUGUACAAACUCCACCCCACAGGGACAGCCCUUAAGACAUUUAGCCGUGCACACGGUACGUCCAUUCCAUUCUAAAAGUUUUAGCUGGUUUUUUAGAUGGAGACAAUAAGAAAAUUGGAGGAUGAGCAGAGAUGAUAGACUAUGUCCAAGGACGCUCUCCUUGCUGAUUGAAAUCUUGGGUGGAGGUGUCUCCGGCUCCUCCGGAGCCCCCUUCGAGUGUCCUCGGAGGCUUGUGUCUUCCCCAUGCCCUUUGACCUCACGUUCAGCACAGGUCUGGGGUAGACCUUCAGGGGUAUCAACUGUCAAGCACGGAACGGCCAGGCUGAGGCCUAUGAGAAGGGAGAUGCCUUGUCUGCCCUGAGUUUACCUAAGCUCUUACAUUAUUAAACUGAGAGCCACUUUGUGAUGGUUAGAGAGCACACAUGACCUCUCACCUCAAAACCUGUUAAGCUUUCCAGCAGGCUCAGUUAAGAGGGAAGGAAGGAGGAACACACGGUUUGUGAAAACCGGAAGCCUGACCCAGAGCCCCAGCUGCCAUCCGUACUGAAGUAACAGAACAGGAAAUUGACCUUCGCAAUGACUUAUUUAUAGGCAUAAAAGAAGCAUCUUUGGUUGUUCUUUCCUUGUCCGUUACUUGUUUAAUUGCAGCAGUGUAAUGCAGCACGAGGGUUGGAUUGUUACCAGGCAAUUACCCGCUCUUCAGGAUUCACUUAUCCUAACACUAAUUGAUCAUUUAAAGCACAAGACGGUGUAGUGUUAGGAACAUGUAAAGCUAAUCUGCUGCGCACAAUCAACAAAUUAAUAUUAUUGCUGAUAUUUGCAUAAUUGACUGCAAUUAUUUAAUGUGUAAUUGGGUUGAUCAAAUGAGAUUCAGCAAGUCACAAUCGAGUCGGUGUAAACAGAACUAAGCAGCUGGGAGCUUAAGAUGAUGAACUUAUUUUGUAUAUCUUCUCUUUUCCCUCGUUUGCCAGAUCUCCCCAGAACACAUGCGAAGGCCAGGAGUUCAAAAGGUAGAGAGAGUCUGAGCCCUGGCUGUUUGCCGAUGGAAAUGUGGUUGUCAGAGUCACUUUAUCAAGGGUUCUACUAAGGGCACAUGGGAGCAGCCUUAGUCUUGAGCUGUCCAGCCGAGCAGGCAGGACACAUGUGAGCAACAGCCGGCAGCCUGUGUUUGCAAAACUACAAAGCAGGGGAGGAAGGGGCUGAAACGCUGUUAGGGAGCCAUACUUUUUCCUGAUGUAAGAACCAAGCUAGAGCGGGGCUGGGGACGUGGUUCGGUGGUCAGGGCACUUGCUGCUCUGGUAGCCACUCUGUGGUUCAGUUCCUUGUACCCACCUGGCAGCUCACAACUGUCUUAAUUCCAGUUCCAGAGGGUUUGAUACCUUCUGGCCUUUAGGGGUGGCUGUGUGCAUAUGGUGCACAGACACACUCAGGCCCUACACACACACACACACACACGCACACACACACACACACGAAAUCAUCUUAAA